AUGGAGAAGUUGCUGUUUUUGAUGAAAGUUGCCCAAAAUAAAACUGACAGUAGCCUUGAAAUGGUGUCUGAAGAAACGGAACGAAAUGAAAACACAUUAUCAUCUUCUCCAUUUCCUACAAAAGAAAGUCCUCGUUACCCCCAGGUCUUCUCGUACGUGCCUGAAGCCGUAAGAGAUCAAACCAAGAAAGAGAUUUCGAGGCGCAAGCUUUAG